AUGGCGGGGACAAGCCAAUUUAUCCAGUUCAAAGAAAUCCCAUACGGGACAAAACGAGAGGACGGUUCCUUGAUCCUCAAUCGCUGGUCUGCUACCGUCACCAACGAUCAUGAGUUCGCAGCUGCUCAGGCCCAACUGUAUGCUGCAGGCAUCAAAAACGAGCAUGACAUGAAGCUCAAGCCACAUAUCGGAAUUUCACCUGUUUGGUGGGAAGGCAAUCCGUGUAACACUCACUUGCUCGAUCUUGGACGUGCUGCCAAGGCUGCUGUCGACAAGCAGGGUUUUAUCGGAUGGCUUUACAGUCCCAAUGGAAUAUCGGACGCUAUCACGAUGGGUCACGAAGGGAUGAGAUAUUCUCUUCCUAGUCGCGACCUUAUCGCUGAUAGUAUCGAAUCAGCCACAUGUGGCCAGCUCCAUGAUGGCAAUAUCUCGAUUCCCGGUUGUGACAAGAAUAUGCCAGGCUGCAUCAUGGCAAUGGCUCGUCAUAACCGUCCCUCCGUCUUGAUUUAUGGGGGCACAAUCCUUCCGGGAAAGAAGACUAAAAGGUUUCCACAAGGCAGUAAUGUAUCAUCAUGCUUUGAAGUCCUUGGUGCAUUCCACUAUGGCAAUGCAUCGAAGGAAGAGUUGGAUGACGUCACGAGACAUGCAUGCCCCGGUCCUGGCGGCUGCCCCGGUAUGUUCACGGCGAACACCAUGUCCACCGCUAUGGAGGUCAUGGGCCUCACCCUCCCGGGCAGCAGCAGUAUCCCGGCCAUGACUCUCAUCACCAGGCCUGCCACUACCGCAGGAGGCAGCCCAACUCAAGAAGCCGUCAUCGAACCAGCGAAGAUGCGUGAAUGCGAGAAGGCAGCCGCAGCGCUCAGGGUUUGUAUGGAAAAGAAUAUUCGCCCGAGAGACCUUAUCACCAAGCGAAGUUUUGAAAACGCUCUCGUUAUGACCAUGAUUCUCGGCGGAAGUACCAAUGCCGCCCUUCACUUCCUUGCGAUGGCACAUACUGCAGAUAUUCCAGACUUUUCGCUCAAGGACUUCCAGCGCGUUAGUGACAAGACCCCAUAUAUUGCCAAUCUUAAGCCUAGUGGAAAGUACUACAUGUCAGACCUCUACGAGAUUGGUGGUACCCCUGCGGUAACAAAGCUCCUCAUCCACGCCGGUCUCAUGGAUGGUGAAAUUAUUACGGUUACUGGCAAAACUCUCAAGGAAAACGUCGCAAGCGCCCCUGUUAUUGAUUUCACAAAUCAAGACGUUCUCCGCCCUCUCGACAAUCCACUAAAGACCACUGGCCAUUUACGAGUCCUCUUCGGAAACCUUGCCCCAGGUGGUGCUGUUGCCAAGAUUACAGGUAAGGAGGGAACUAAGUUCGAAGGCAAGGCUAGGGUUUUCGACUCGGAGGAGUUGGCGACUGCCGCUUUGAAUUCGGGUCAGUUGAAUCCAAAUGAGUCAACGGUUUUAGUUGUCAGGUAUGAAGGACCAAAGGGUGGUCCGGGAAUGCCGGAACAAUUGAAAUCGUCUGGUGCUUUGAUCGGCGCCGGUCUCAAGCAGGUCGCUUUGAUUACCGAUGGUCGUUACUCUGGCGCUUCACACGGGUUUAUCGUCGGACAUAUUGUCCCGGAGGCCCAAACUGGUGGCCCAAUCGCUAUCGUUCAAGAUGGCGACAUAAUCACCAUCGACGCUGUCAACAAUACCAUCAACAUGAAUGUUUCCGACGAAGAAAUCAAAUCCCGUCUCUCGAAAUGGAAGGCUCCAAGACUCAAGGUCAAUCGUGGCCACUUGGCUAAAUACGCUCGACUCGUCUCGGAUGCAAGUCGCGGUGCCGUUCUUGAUGCGUUUGACGAUUAA